AAUAUGGAGCUUCCGCACUGAUCAUUUUAUAUCUGCCACGAGAGAGAGAGAGAGAGAGAGAGAGAGAGAGAGAGAGAGAACUGACUAGACUAUGUGGGUUGUUGUAUAGAUAAAGAGCGUUUCUUUGUCGUCUUCAUCAACUCUGUUUCUGUGUAAGCUAUUGUCUAUCUAUUUGUUUUUUGGUUUACUAAAUCUUCAAACCCAAAUCCAUAAACCCUCUUUUAGCACCACAUAAUUGAAGGGGAGAACAAAGAGUAGGAGAAAAUUGUUGGACUUACAUACAAAGAUUGUGGCAAUGGUUUUGGGAUGGCGACGAGCGUUUUGUACAUCGAUCGCACGAGACCGAGAGCAGAAAGUGGUGAAAGAGAAGCAAGAACACAGCAACGACAAUCCUACUCCAAAGAACAGCUCCAAAUUUGGGUUUUUCUCCAAUCCUUCCACGCCUCGCUUUCAGUCUCAGCCCGUUUCCAGCCCUAGGUUCCGGUGUCGAACCGCCACAGCAACCCCAACUGCCACCGUUCCACCGCCAUCAGUACCUGAAAGCCCAAAGCUCCAAUGCAAGACCACAAAAAGUCCUGGAUUGUUACACCGAUCCAAUCCAUCCUCGCCUCACUCUCCGUCCACAUUUUCUCUCCUCAAAUCCAGCCUACGUUUCUCAAAAAGCAGAUGUGGAAUAUGUUUACAGAACGUGAAGACAGGGCAAGGAAUGGCCAUUUUGACGGCGGAGUGCUCUCAUAGCUUCCACUUCCCUUGUAUCGCCACUCUCGUGAAGAAGCAAGGAACCCUAAAAUGUCCUGUCUGUAACGCUACCUGGAAAGAAAUGCCCUUAGUCUCCAUUCACAACAAUCAUAAUCAAAAACCAGAGGUUUUAGUUGAAGAAACGAAGAGAGAACUCGCAGCUACAAUUGACUUCAAGACGAAGAACGAGAGUAAACAGCAUAUAAGGUCUGCCUUGAAAGUCUACAACGAUGAUGAACCAUUGAUGUCGCCGACUUCAAGAACUCGAUUCAAUCCGAUUCCAGAAGCUGAUGAAAAUGAAGACGAAGAGAAUCUUCAUGAGGAGUUUCAAGGAUUUUUCGUGAACGAGAAUAGGAAUCCGAUUGCUGAGCCAAUAACGAACUCCAGAAAUGUUGAGGUUCGAUUGCUGCCGGAGGCGGCGGUAGUGGCUGUAGGUCGGAAUAGCGAGACGUAUGCUAUAGUUUUGAAAGUGAGAGCUCCGGCGGCACCGUCAAAGAUGGCGCCUAGAGCUCCGAUUGAUUUAGUGGCGGUGAUUGAUGUCAGCGGAAGAAUGAAUACGGAGAAAAUACAGAUGAUGAAACGCACAAUGAGACGCAUAGUUUCGUCUCUAUCUUUAGCUGAUCGGCUUUCCAUUGUUGCAUUCUCUGCGUGCUCGAAGAGGUUGUUGCCUUUGACAAGAAUGACGGCCACCGGCCGGAGAUCGGCCCGCCGGAUUGUGGACGCGAUCAUUGGUUUGGAUGGAACGACGUCGAGUUCGAAUGACGCGCUGAAAAAGGCGGCGAAGGUGAUCGAAGAUCGACGGGAGAAAAACCCAGUCGCAAGCAUCUUGCUUAUAUCAGACGGUCACGACGAGAGAUCCCCUCCCACUCAGACAAGUCGAUCCUCGUUCGUGAUAACCACGCGCUUCACUCACCUGGAGAUUCCCGUACAUUCGAUCGUAUUCAACCGAACCAGCGCGUAUAACCACUGGCCGUCUGAAGACGCCUUUGCAAAAUGCGUUGGAGGUCUGUUAAGCGUCGUCGUUCAGGAUCUUAAAAUUCAGCUAGGGUUCGUCUCUGAUUCAGCUCUGGCGGAUAUUUCAGCAGUUUAUUCAAACACGGGCCGACCCGCUGCUUUCGGAUCAAGUUCAGUCCGGGUGGGGGAUUUGUACGCUGAGGAAGAGAGAGAACUUUUGGUGGAACUGAAAGUUCCAUCAACGGCUGCUGGGGCCCAUCAUGUACUGGCUGUUCGAUGCUCGUACAAAGACCCGUUAUCUCAAGAACUGUUCUACGGUAAAGAACAGGCGCUCUUGGUCCCACAACCACGCGCCGUCAGAUCAUCAACCCCAACCAUCGAACGGCUGAGAUGUCUGUCUAUAACCGCACGCGCUAUAGCUGAAUCUCGGAGAUUACUAGAUCGUGAUGACUUAAAUGGCGCGAAUCACCUGUUGGCUUCGGCUAAGGCUUUAUUGUUGCAUUCGAGUUCGGCUUCAGCUGUGGAAUUUUUACGGGGCUUGGAAGCCGAGUUGACAGAGCUGAAUGUGAGAAGACAAAAUCAGAUUCAGCAGAUCCAACGGCGGAGAACGAAUAAUGAGAGGGAAGUGGCAUAUUUGGAUGAAAAAGGUGAGCCGCUUACACCUACUUCGGCUUGGAAAGCGGCUGAGAGGCUGGCUAAGGUGGCUAUUAUGAGAAAGUCUUUGAAUAGAGUCAGCGACUUACACGGCUUUGAGGACGCCAGAUUUUAAUAUCUUUCCUUAAAUAUUAAAAAAAAAAAAACAGAUGGUGAGAGAUGUAUAGAGGCGACAAGGGGUACCCGACGGUUCGGCGCUUUCUGCAGAGGAAAGAGAUGAGAUCCCACGUGAUAGUGUGAUUGAUUUGGGUUGGGACAGUGGGACAGUGAAGGUUUGGAGCUCUAUCCUUUUGUCUUUAUUAACACUCGACACCCCCUUCUUUAACUAUGUAUAUAGCUUAGUACACAGAAUGUUUUAAUGGGAAAUGUAGAAUGCAUGAAUAAGAUGGAAGGGAAAGAGGGACAGAAUGAUGAUGGGGGUGGGGGACUGGAUGGUAUUUUUUGUUUGUUGUUUCUUUGUGGUUUAAUUAGACUUUUCAAUGUCUUCUUUUGUUUGCUGGUUGGGUGUUUGAUCAUCAGAUUGAAUGUGUUUGUGG